AUGAGCCCCAACGACAUCCUACACGACUGCUCCUCAGACUCAGACGACAAUAAGCCUCCCUCGACCCCCCAGCCCUCCAUGAUGAUCUGGCCGCCUCAUGAUAUUGUUUCUAUGGAGCCAACGAUUCCACACAGCCCGUUACAUCGCGCAACUUCGUAUGCCAACUUUGAGCAACAAGCCAACGGACAACAUGCGCCACAACAAUAUGCCAAUCGACAGGGCACCCCUUCAAAUGCACAUCAAGAGUUCCACGGCCAACCCAUAACCAACUAUUAUAUUGGUGCUCCAACACUCCGUCGAACCACGACCAUGCCAUGUCAAAUAUACUAUGUUCCCGAGCAGGGCCGUCCGGGGGUUGCAACGAUGACUAACACUGCGCAACCUCAUUACCAGCUUCCUAAACAAGUGGAAAUACCUCCUAUGGAGUUGCCGUAUUCAAUAUUGGCCAUCACAGCCUCAAUUCAAAGUAACCCCAGCACUUCUUCCACAACGUCGGUUUCCAGUCCCAUUGGUCAGGAAUACUUUUACGAAUAUCUGCCCGGAAACAAGCCGGAAUAUGCACAGGGAGACCCUCAACAGUCCAUCGGUCAUUAUCAACACCCUAUGCAAUACCUCAUGAGCCACUCCGAGCAGCCAGUGGCCUCUCAGACGCAGUUGAUUCACGCGCCUUCACCUGACCACUCCCCUCCUAAGCCCGCUCGAGCCCAACAGGAACAGUGCUCAAAUUAUGACCUUCCCAUUGAAGCUAGGACUAUCGGGCAGUUACAGACGUACGAGACUGCGGUUUAUAAUCCUUAUAGACCAAGGAUUGAAGUUGCCGAUUCUUUAAUGCAAUUUCCAAACAGCAGUAUUGUCAGUCUGUAA